UGGGGAGACGUCUGCGGAGAAUAUGGAGGCUACGCUGACGAUGAUUGAGGAGAAGUCGCAGCGGGUGCUGACAAGGACCCAUCAUGCCAGGUUGAGGGAGGUGGUGAGCGACUACGCCGCCGGCAGGAUACCCAUCGAUCACCUCCUCGUCACCACCAGGGACCUCCUCAACUCCCCUGACAAGAUGAGCCUGCUGACGGAGCUGCGGGAGGUGGUGCGGCCGGAGGACCAGGAGAAGUUCGACGCCGCCGUCUUCCGCACCGCUGCCGUCAGGGUGCAGGAGAAGACCGAUGCUUACGGUGGCCAAAUCUCCGAUUUGGAUGACUUUAUCAACUUGUUCAACCGAAUGGAAAUCCAUGGAGAUGUUAUGCCUAUUAAUGAGGGUCAAGAGGAGGCUCUGAUGAAUAACCAGCGAGUACCCGAAGGCGUUCAUGGAAAUCGAGAGAUCAGUAAGGCAUCGAGUGAGGAUUCUGGAGUGGAAAUGAGUAACGGAGCGAUGGUGUCACGGAGAGAGGGUGGGAGAGCUCGCUGUGAAAGAAAACGAAACGGCAAAAUAAUCAGAGAAAAUGGAACUACCGUUGAAGGCGUAACUUGGGCAGAUGCCGAUGAGACUUGCACGAUUGCUAGCCAAGAUUUUCAAUUACAAAAAGAACAAGAAGAAAAGCAUAGCAUUCUACCUAAACAACACAAAAUGCUUCUGAAACAAUAUUCUGAAAGACUUUUACCCAAAUCACAAGAUUUAGUUACCAGUUCUAAGCCUCUACGGCGCCACAGCCACACGGGCGAUCCCAACGGCUGCGCCCCCGUCAGCGGAAAGCCGCAAACCAAAUCCCUCCACAUCCUCGCGCACCACCCGCAGAGACCCGCCCUCGGGCACGCCCGCAAACAAUACGACGACUUCGACUCCCCGGCAAACCGGAGUCGAGGUGACGGGUUUGAGCUCCUGCCUUCCACCAGAGUAAGGGACGACUAUGACCCGGCUUCGUCCGGACUGAUAGAGGAUUACGAUCCUCCUCCUUCGCGGCUCAGAGACGGGUACGAUUCUCCUCCGUCUAGAGUGAGAGAUGGCUAUGACUCGUCUCCGUCGAGAGUGAAGGAGGAGUAUGAUAUCUCUACGCGAGUGAGGGAUGAAUAUGAGUCCUCUACGCGAGUGAGGGAUGAAUAUGAGUCCUCUACGAGAACGAGGGAUGAAUAUGAGUCCUCUCCGCGAGUGAGAGACGAAUACGAGUCCUCCUCGCGAGUGAGGGAUGAAUACGACUCGUCUGUGUCCAGAGGUAGGAAAGAAUACGACCCUCCUUCAUCGUCCAGGGUACGGGACGACUAUGACCCACCACCCUCGCGAGUCAGAGACGACUAUGAUUACGACCCAAUACGUCCCGGACGCCACAGAGACGAGUUUGAGUCGCGGGAGGAGUACGGUAAGCAGGGAAGCCGCGGCCGCGAGAACUUCAACCUCGACCCUGACGAAUACGACAUCGGCGGCCGCGUCAGCUCCCGCGAGGACUACAACGCGACGCCACACUUCAGGGAGGUCUUCGAGACGCCUCCCGCCAGGCUCCACUACACCCCAACUCCUCGGCAGGUGUGUUUCAACAGUGCGGCCACAGCCCCGUCAUCGCCCAGCGGGAGACGAUCGGCCAGUGAGGAGCGCGAGGAGACACACCCACCUUAUAAGUGUGGGAGCAGACGGACAUCGCUUGUGGUGAGUGACAGCUUGGGCAGGUUCCGGGUCGUGGUGAAGAAGACCCGACCCAACCUGGGCAUCGCUAUCGAGGGUGGCGCAGACACCAAGCAGAAGCUCCCCAGGGUGAUCAACAUCGCUGCCAACGGGGCGGCGUUCGAGGCUGGCGGGCUGCGGGUUGGUCAGGUCAUCCUGGCGGUGGACGGCCAGAAGCUGGACGGUCAGAGCCACGAGGAAGCUGCCCGUCUGAUCGCCGGGUGCUGGGUGAGCCGGUCCCGGCCCGAGGUGGAGUUUAUGGUGGUGGAGAGGAAGGCCACAGCUGCCGACGUCCGCCGCUCCUCCAUCUCUCUCCUGUCGCAGAUGUGAACAUCUGGGUGAAGCUCGACAGCUGUGAGCAUCUGGGCGAGGUCCAACAGGUGACGCUGGGUGUCAGAAACACCUGGUGUGACAGGUGUGGUGGAAGAUAUAGCCCGCGGCGUUACCGCUGUAGUCCGAUGUUCCUCCGCCUGCAGAUACAAGGACUUGGAAGAUGAACAUGCCAGUGUUCAUGAAGAUGAGCAUCGGCAUCUUUCUACACAUUCUCGCGCAGAUGUGAACAAGUAAAUAAGACCCAACAGGUGUGGAAGAGCGACGUCGCAGGUGUGUAUUGGAUUGCUCUCACAGCUGUGAAUAGAACCAAUGUGAGGAGCGAGGUAUAGGAUAGUAUCCCUUGACGAUCUUGGCCGUCCUGACUUUAGAAAACACGUUUAAAAUGUUAAACACUAAACAUUGUCAACAUCCCUUAGUUACACCGUCUCAAAAUCUUUAUACUAGAGAAUAUAUAAAUAUAUCUAAAAUGCAACAAGAAAAAAAACACAAUAAAAUUUUUAAUAUUUAAAAAAAACUGUGAUACAUAAAAAACAAUAAUAUAAUAUAUAUAUAUACAAAAUAAGCAACCAUUAUGUAUUCUAAUACAAAAUAUUUUAUUGGAUUUAAAAAACAAAAAAUUUUUUUUUACAAAAGCAGCUCAAUUAAACACUACAGAAUGAUGCAGAUUUAGGUGAAGGUGUCACUUAUUACUUAUAAAGUGGGUGUUUUCGAAAGGCAAUUGAAUAAUUCCUGUAAGAAGGGCUUGCUUAGCCGGCUUGUAAUGGAAUACAAUCCUGCUGGCCACUUCAAAUAAGUCUAACCGGUCACAUUAUCAUCAAGGAAACCUAAGCCAGGCCAGGCUUAGGAAGUAAAAGAACUCUCGAAACCAACUAGAGAUAAAUUACAGGUAUGCCAAAUCUCAACAUGGGACUUGCAUCAGACAGGUUGAUGGAAGAAGGGGUAGAAAUAGCCCUAAGCUACUCUAUCCUUUUAAGAUGUAUUUUAUGUGCAGGCGAUGAGUCACAAUAACGUGGCUAAAAUAUGUUGACCAGACCA